GGAAAAAGACCCUUGUGUCACCGCAGAUUCCCUGAUCAUGACUCUUCGCCUCUUUCUUCAUUACUCCUCCUGUCCAAAUAUAUUCUUUAUCGUAGUUAAAACGCUCUUAGCCUCACAUCCAGAUAGCACGGCAAACUUGUUCACCAAGAUGGCUAGCUCUGACCCUACUAAUACCACGAAUGGGGGAGCAAGAGUGGUUCGCAGAAAGACUUCCGAAGCGUGCGAAAGAUGUCGUGAGAAGCGCAUCAAGUGCAAUGGCUUCCAACCCUGUGAGCAAUGUAUCAAGAAAGACGUGCAAUGUGUUUUUGCCUUUGCACCAUCAGCUCAGGCUUGCGGAACCGAGGCAAUCGUAGAAAAAUUGGAUCACAUACUGUCGCGUCUCGACAGGAUCGAAGAAGAACAAUCUCGCCAAGCCCAUGUUCUUGCUAGUUACUCGGGACCAAACGCGAAACAGCCCCCCUACCCCCGACAACGACGGUCCAGUGGCGUUGCACAGUUGAACCAACAGACUGGGUGUUUCGAGUACUAUGGUCAAACAUCGACAUUCACCAUCGCAUCUUGUCUAGGCAAGAGACUGAGGCAACUGGAAGACGUCCCAGAUGAUGAUAGUAGUAUCCGACCAACUACCCGACGCCGAAACAAUUCCGACCCUGAACACCAGACAUCACGCGACAAAAGCUCCAAGGGUCUUGUUCUGGAUGAAUUACCAGGCUUUUGCGACUAUGUCGUCCCGCUUAAUGCUCUACGUAGCGAUCGUUACCUCCUUGAGAAAGUCGCCGAUCGACAUACCAACAGUUUUUUCAGAACUAUUCAUUUCCUCCUGCCUAUUCUGAGUCCUGUCGCUUUCGAAACCCGGUAUAAAGCAUUACGACAGCUCUUUGGCGAUCGACGACUUUCCCUCGCCACUUUGGACGAUCCUACGCGGCCACAAUUUGUUUGUCUCAUGUAUGCCGUGCUUGCUCUUGGUGCGUUGUAUGAGGAUGAGCAAGAGGAUAGCUCAUCAUGGGCUUCAUGGUAUUUCGCGGAAGCUCAAGACAUGCUCGGGCGCCUACUCAAUGCUAGUAACCUUGAAUUAGUUCAGGCAUCGACACUUUUGGGCGCUUAUGCUCAGCAUGCAAUCAAGCCCAACUUGGCAUAUAUCCUCAAUGGUCUUGCGACGCGAUUAGCAUUUUCCAAUGGAUUAAACAUCGAAUCAUUGCAUAGCUCGCUUGGAAUCGAUACCCAAGAAGCCAGGCGUACCUGGUGGAUCAUUUAUAUCCAGGAAGUGGAACUAAGCCUUGAUUCCGGACGACCUAUGUGUCUUGGAUCGUCAGAGAUGAACAUGAAUUAUCCAAAAGCACAGCUCCCACCCGGUGGUGAGAUUGUUUCGGAGUCUAGCCAGGUCAUGUUCAUCCCGUUGUUGGCAGAUAUUAUCAAGAUAAUUAGGAAAAUCAUCGAUCUUUCUGCCGAGUCUGCCGAGCAGAGCAACUUUAAGUUAGAGCAGACAGAAGAACUACUUAGCGAGUUGCACCGUUGGAGGGCUUCGCUUCCCCAAUACCUUACUUUCGAGGACGAGAAUCAGGACGCGGUUCAGCAUGUCAGUGACAAAGAUACCCCGAACUCCCUGUAUACAUGGGAAUCAAGACAACAGAGUAGCCUCCGGAUACACUAUUAUCUCGCCAUCAUAAUUCUGCUCCAAGGCUCCAUUCCAAGAAACACCUCCGAACGCCAUGCCUCAAGCAGUCGACCGCUGUCUCAACGUCAUCAGUCAUCUUAUCUGAAUGCUGCGAGGAACAUGAUCCGGCAUAUUCAUGAGCUGUUAGCACUAGCACCGCACCUAAGACGUUGGACGUACUAUUGCUUCUAUUGUCUCCAAGCCACCCUUGUCAUUCUGCUCAAGGUUGCAGACGAUCAGCAUUGCUCUCGACGUCGUCAACGUAAGAAGUCUAAUGAUUCGAGGGGCUUGGGGCAAGUCGACCAUGAGACGGUUGAAGACGAUAGAAAUCUCUGCAAUCUUGCUGUCGAAGUCUUUGACUUGAUCAGAUUGAAAGCUUCUCAGCGUUGUGCUGACGUCGUGCGUCAUUUCCUUGACAAAUGGAGGCCAGAGGGGACAAUGAAUGACCCAGACGCUCGGCGAACUAGUAGCGGCGGGCUUGAUGAUUGUGGAAUGCAACAAGCGCCGUCACCAGCUGGAGAUUUCCCAUUACCCGUGGAAUAUCAUGUACCCUUGAACAAUGAGAAUGAGAGUUCAGAGAGUGUUGAGAGUGUCGACUGGAGUGACUCUACAUCGCCACAUGUCUCCUUAAGUGGGCUCCAGGCAGAACUUCAUGACGCUUUCUAUAGCAACCUGAACGAUGACUUUAAUUUCGCCCAGCAGCCCUCUUUUGUUGGUGUUGAAGGCUUUGGUGCUUUCCCAUUGGAACUGGGCACAAAUGGUACAGCGGACGGCUGCUGGUCUUUAUACGAUCAAUGACUCGAUGGAUCCAUAUAGCACAGGCCAAUCACGAUAGUAAAACAAAACAUG